AUGUACGCAAGACUGAAUGCAGAGCAGAAGGUCGUCGUUGAUGCCGUCCUCGGCGCCCUGCAUGGCCGUUUGCCGAAUUCAAGAACCUGUCACUUCAUUGAUGGUCCCGGAGGCAGCGGCAAGACCUUCGUCUACAAAACGAUCUAUCACCUCGCCGUCGCCGCUAAGAAGAACAUCCUCAACAUCGCAUGGACAGGCAUCGCGGCGGCCCUACUUCCGGACGGCAAGACCGUCAGCUCCGCCUUCCAGCUCUCCAUCCUCGAUCACACAUCAACUCUGAAGAACCAAGACAAGAAGGCCCAAGAAUUGAGAAAGGUCGAUGCCGUCAUCUGGGAUGAGGCGCCAAUGGCUCCGAAGAAAGCGUUGGAAGCUAUCGACGAGAAGCUGAAGGAUCUGAUGGGAAACCAGGCCCC